UCUCCGUGUAAAAGGUGCAGUAGGAUUCAGACAUGAGGACAGGCGAUCAGCGCUCUUCAUUCCAGGUUUGAUUAGACCAUGGAUAACAGCAGCUUGGACUUGCUCGGAGACGCUAACACUUCCCUUCAGAUUGAACUUGAGUCCUGCACUACAUUGAGGAAUCAGGCCUCUCGUAUUUUCCUGUAUGCUCUACUCUCUGUUGGCGUCGUCUGCACAGUGGUGGGCAACUUCCUGGUGGUCUUGUCCAUUGCCUACUUCAAGCAGCUGCAGUCACCCACAAACUCCUUCGUCAUGUCCCUGGCAGUGGCUGACUGCCUUGUUGGCCUUGUAGUGAUGCCGUAUAGUAUGAUCCGGACCGUGGAGGGAUGCUGGUACUUUGGUGCCCUUUUUUGUCGCCUUCACUCCAGCCUAGAUGUCAUGCUCUGCACUGCCUCUAUAUUCCAUCUCAGCUGCAUUGCCUUCGACCGCUACUACGCUGUCUGCAACCCACUAGUUUACUCUUUAAAGAUGUCCCGCAGUCGGGUAGCUCUCCUUAUUGUCGUAUGUUGGGCUGUUCCCAUGCUCAUUUCCUUUGGCCCCAUAAUGCUAGAUCUCCAUGUUGCUGGGGUGGACAUCCAGCUGCCUCAAGAUGUUUGCGUGUUCUUGGUCAAUCGCAUUUAUGCUGUCAUGGCUUCCUUGGUAGCCUUUUACUUGCCGAUGGCUAUCAUGCUAAUAGCCUAUUGGAAGAUCUUUAAAGCUGCUAAACGUCAGGCCAUGCAGAUCAGCGCCAUGGAAAGCCAGAUGGCUGCCGGAGUAGGAAAAGACUCGAGCAAGAAACAAAGACACCGAAACACUAUGAGGAGGGAAAGAAAGGCAGCAAAAACUUUGGGUAUCAUCAUGGGAGUGUUCUUAAUCUUCUGGAUGCCCUUCUUCACGGUCAACAUUGUGGACCCCUUUAUUGAAUACAGCACAGAGGUGGUCGUCUGGGAUAUAUUUUUGUGGCUUGGAUAUAUCAACUCAUCUCUAAAUCCCUUCCUGUACGGUUUCUUCAACCGUUCUUUCCGUAGGGCAUUCCUCAUGUUCAUUGGCUGCAGGGUUUGCCUGCCUGGAACCUCCCCUGGGAUGGAGUUGUCACACACUCGAAAAGAGGCAAAGUAA